AGGUACUACAAAAUGGUCUACAAAGCCGCUUUUAUGUUAUUAGUGCUUCCUUUAGCACAUUGCAGAAUCUACGAUAAAUGUACUUUGGCAAAAGAAUUACGUGACGUUUACAAAUUCCCUCGUAAAGAAAUUCCAACUUGGAUUUGUAUUGUCCAACAUGAAUCACAUUUUAAUACUACUGCUAUAAACACCCAAUCCCAUGAUAAUGGCCUGUUUCAGAUUUCUCAAAUAUAUUGGUGCGAUCCACCAUCACAUCCUGAAGGGUGUCAUGUAACUUGUGACAAGUUAAGAGAUGAUGAUAUUCACGACGAUGUUAAAUGUGUAAGAAAAGUAUUCAACGAAUUCAAGAGAACCAACGGUAAUGGUUUUAAAGCUUGGACGACCUAUGACCAAUAUUGCAGUGGAAGUAAUGACUGGAUUAUUAAAGAAUGUAAUUUAUAAAAACGUGCGUACCACUUAUGGACAAAUAAAAAUAAUAAAAAUUUACUGUUGAGAA